AUGAAGGAUAGCAUCAUCAACCUGCCGGAGAAGGACCCGAAUUCGAUCAUGACUGUAGCUGACCAAGGUCAGGGAGGUCUCGAGGAAAAAACCCGAUCAAAUUUGACCACUCAAUCGUCGAUUGCUCUGACAAAGGAAAAUCCUGCCAUCACGACUUCCAAGCGCAUCAGCAAGCGAAACCCUUCAAAAACCGCCGAGGAUGGCGCAAUGACAGGUCGCUCGCUCCUCCCAUCUGAAGUUGCCCAAGGUCAGGUUGGCCUCACGGCCAAAGCUCAAUCGAACACCAGUCCUUCGUCGAUCGAUCUCACCAAGGAUAAUCCUGAUCCCACGACUACCAAGAGUCAACGCAAGCAACCCCCCCUUCCAAAACCGCCGAGGAUGGCGCAGUAAUACUCUGGUUGGGCAAUCUCCAAAUGCCCUGGCUGGUGGGCCGAUGUCAACAUGGAUCCAUCUUCCAACGCCCAAACCUACGACGACAUCGCUGCGUUCAUCCUGACUGGCCUGAAGGCGUACGACCCAUCACUCGGCGAUUCGAUGCCACAGCUUCGGUCCAGCAUGCAGAAUCUGUUCUCCCUUGGAGAUCUUGAAGAUGCCGACGACGACAAAGGUUUCUGGGCUCUUUGCGAGUACUUUCUUCGUCUCGCGACACAGUGCCCCACGGUUGUGUUCGAUCUUGCAACGGCCCAACGAGUUAUCACUACGGACGAAAAGUUGCCUCGCCUUUGGGAAUUUUCGCUCGUGUUCGACCCGACAUUAAUUGUUCAACGCGCCGAGCCGUUGACGUGGAUGUGGCUAGCGGCAGCCGAAUUCUUUGCUCAUCCUUGGACUGGCCCUGCGAUCAUUCCUCCCAUUGUGGAGGAAUUCAAGCGACUAGAACGAGAGUCAAAAAUAGCCAAAGCUCAGUCCAAGUCUAAGAAGCACCCUGCAUCGACUCCAGAGAAUCCAUAUAUAACUGAAUCAUUAAUUGGUAUCUAUGCUACUUCUAGAAGGAACGUUGCUCGCAAGUCGAAAGUGUCCAAAAGGUGCCAAGGCACACGAUUCGCGCCCGUCUCCCUCUGUCCUGAUGCAAAAACGGAACUGACGCCACCAAAGGAUCGGUCCAAUCCCUACCAACGAACUCCACCUUCGGAUGCCACUCCUCCUUGCCAACAAGUGGUCAUGUCUGACACCGUUCACGUCAUCGCCAGCACCCCAACAGGAACACAGGAAGCCAGUGUUCCAGCUGACGACGUCGCGGUAGCCAACACCCACCGUGGGAGGACCAGUGCGGAAAAUGGAGCAGAGGAACACAAUAGUGCCCCGACCUACAGGGACACUGUUGCCGCUCUCCCCGCUCCCACGGU